UAUGCACCUAACCUACCUAAGGUAAGCUUCGAGAGAGGGACGAUUUUAGCAACUCUUAUAUCGUACCUUACGCAUUACUCGUGAAAGACGCUUCCUUUCUCUUACUCACAAUUCGCAUCCUUUUACCAAUUACGCGUAAAUUUUCUAAGAUUCAUUUUACAUUAUCCUCGAAUUUUACAUGUACCUACUUAAAUUUGUUUGGGAAAAAGGUUCAUUGAGCACCUAACAACGUGUCCUUGAAAUCGACUCGACUCUGGGCCCCUGUCCGUCGUAUCCAUUCAUCUCCGAUUACGCACAUUAUCACGUCGCUAUCAAGCUUUCACGCUCUCAUGCUCUCACAAAUCUUCAACUAAACGCGUGCGACUUGUACUUGGUUUGUCACUCCACGGCCUCGUGGCCUACGACGUUCCUUUGGAUUGGAUACCGUUGCCUUGUUCAUCUUCAGCUUUCAGCUCCUAGUUUGCCGUGGAUUCGAUUUCUUGUUUACCACUAUAACUACAUCAUCUGACUCUCACCAUUGUGUUAUCCUACAUCACCUAGAGACAACUUCGUUUCGCUUAGUUCAAUGUCUUUCUACGCCAUGGUCAACACCGCGGAGGGCCCUCGCCACUGGAUGGGUACCUGUUAAGACAUCGGUAGUUUCUACGACUCUACCUGCGUUGUUGAUUACCUUGGUUAGGUAUAUACCUGGCAUUUUGGGCCUUGAAAGUACCCGGAACCACAAUGUUGGGCAAGCUGUUUAAUCUAACGUCGGGAACGACUGGAGGUACGAAUUCUCAAGAAGAUUCUUCUCCGACCAAACUGUCGCCCGAAUCGAUACAGGAAGAUGUUCACACGCGGAGUCUCUUGUUCCCGGAUACGCAGGCUCUCUACUAUCGUCAGGACCAGGUGUUUCCAUUGUCGUCCACGUCCGGUGUUCAACCCGGGGCUUCCGCAAGCCCCUUCGACUAUGAUGGCGAUAUUGAUAUCGACGUGCGCGAUGUUCGCAUCAUAAUUAUGCAAGAUGCUUUAGGCUCUGCUAGUCCUUCAUUAUUGUUUGACAGCAACCACACUCCAUCGCCCAGUUCAUCAGUUGAUCACCCACAGCCACCGAGUGCAGCUUCAUCCUCUCAGUCGCUUAUGCAGGAUCUUCGACGUGCUCCUACAUCGCCGCGGAAGAGUAGCCUUGGGCAGACCUCGAGGCCACUAGUUAUCCAGCCUGGCAGUCCUCAACCCCGGCAAGGUGCAUUUGAUCGACGCGGAUCCGCCCAGUCCCGCGCCUAUAGUGCUGUGGAAACUGAGUCCCAGAAAGCUGCUAGGGAAUAUCGCGAAGAGUUGGCCAGCUUCUCCAGCUGUAUCUUUGCUAAUUCUGAAGUAAUGUCUUAUAAGGGGACAUCGACAAAGGUUCACAUCAUUCCAAGCGAGACGCGACCAUCUGCCGUCUCUAGUUCAUACGUAGGAGAUGGCCGAGGAUCGAUGGGGAGAUCUAGUAUGAGAUCAAGUAGGUUAGCACAAUCUUUCACAUCAGAGUCGGCAAAUGCACAUUUCCAAGCGUUUUCCGCGCCUCCCCGGCAGCAGGACCGCAGCAAGAUUCUAGUGACCCGCCUGUUUCCAGUCAACCUACCAAAUGACGACCUUGAUUCGCCUACCCAGGCCACGACGUCCCAUAGCCGCUUUUCCGAGGAUAGCGGAGGAUUCCCGUUUCCUUGUUCCCCGGACGACUCUAAGCCUAACAAGAAAAAGUCGAAGCCCAUACAGAAGAGGACGCCGAUGUAUGCCGUCGCUUUAGUCCUUCAACUUCCUUCAAAUCCACCUAACGCCGUACCAGCAACUGCGCCGAAGCCCGUUUUUCGAGGGCCAAGCUCUUAUAAUGAACAAGACUUUUUCCCUUCCUCUUUCGGAUCCGCGCGCCGAUCUGGGUGGACGAUGAUCGGUUCCGGUUUUGGCUCGGAAUCAUUUGAGUCGACAUAUAGUAAUGAGGUCGAGGAUCGCAUGGAUGCGAUAACUCAGCACUGGGACAUCAUUAUGAGGACCCUUACCCAUCUGCAAUCCAUAGUCGCCACGACAUUGAUCCCGAUGCUGAAACAGGCGGAUAUGUCGGCUCCAGAUCCGUAUCCCUCGAAUGUAUCUGCUCAGAUCGCUCGAACAUCUUCAGUGAAGAGUCGAAGAGACUCGGAUGCAUCUCAAAUGAAGCCGUCUAAGACAAACGCAAAGCUUGUAACACUACCUCCAAAUUGUCUGGCGCAAGAUGCACGCAUUGGCCAAGAAAUUGACGAUGCUAAGAUACGAAUUGUGUCUGGUCUUCGAGCUACCAGAGUUAUAACAGGGCAGGGUCGUUGGGGACCAUGGAGGGAGGAGGCAAGAUGGGUUGCAAAGUGGGCUGGGACUAGGGAGCAAGGAUUUUUCUUUUUUAAUCUGUUGACGGCAUUUCUUUCGACACAUACUGAGUGGCUCCAAGCGUUAAGUCCAGUUUGGUACCGGAGGCGACGUUAUCAACAACAAAAAGUAAAAAACGAAGAGGAUACCUCCUUACCAUCUCGCACGAUUAUAAUCGCCAAGGACAAAAUGGCUGCUAGGAGGUUAAUAUUCUUACUCUCCGCCUUCCUGCCUGCUAACCAGCAGCUGCCCACAGUCCGCGCCCAGCGCCCAGCAACCUCCGCGUCAGUUGCAGCCUUUGGCCACUCGCCACCAUCGUACAUAGUACCGAUCAAUAAGGAAGAGUCUCUACGCCGAAAAAUCAAUCGGCGCCAAGGGCAGAGAGGUGCCUCUCAUACACGAAGUUUUAGUAUACAGUCGCAAGCUACAACGAGGUCUGUAACUGGUAUCCCUGCGCAGCUCGCGCAUCUCAGCAUGGAGCUCUCUAACCAAGAACGUCGAUCGUCGGAUUUCAUCAAGCCAGCGAAUCUACCUAUUAUUGGAAACGAUCUCAACACGCGAAAGAGCAGCGCCGCGACGGCCAAUACAAUCGUCCCGGACUCGGCUAUUCCACACUUCUCUACGGUGCACCGGAGUAGUACCAGCCGCGGCACCCGACCAAACAGUGGUGGCAGUUUUGCCGCGGAUGAUUUAAAACGAUCACUCAAGAGGGGUGAUAGUACUGGCCACGCCAGCCGUGCGAGUACUGACUCUCGUCAAGGUUCCCGAUGGGGAAGUGUGAUCAGCGGCUUGUGGAGUACAAGACGACGAGACUCAACUGCUACUACCUCGCAGACAUCGGACAUUCUCGGCCAUCCCGAUAGUCCACUCGCAUCACCUACUCGAGCAACGGUUAGUGGAAGGGACAAGCUUUCGGAAAUGGUUCGAGAAGCUCAGCUGCUCGAUACGCCUACUAAGCAACAGGCAGAGGGUGAACUUACCCCACUUCAAGAACCAGAUACCCCUCGAAGAUUGGAAAGUAAGCAGCUCGAGUCUCAGUCGAGAACCCCGGAUCCCUUAGGUGCAUACGAAUCUCCCGUGAAGACGUCGAUUAAUAACGACGACGGAGUAAUCGAUGUAGACGUACAAUUCCCAGACUACCUUACAUCGUUUGAGACCGCCGUCAGUUCGCCGUCUAGUAGUGGCUACCUCUCAACUCCUGGCCUAGGUAGUGGGCUCGAGGGCUUCGAACAGUUCUCUAGACUGGCCAUUGAUGGUGAUGCUCCCUUGAAUGUUGCCGGGUGGUUAAAACGCUUUCACCCGGAUUUCACGCUACAGGCAAUCCCACCUCAGGGAGACCUCCUAGAUGAAGUUCGAGAAUCUCUAGCCGCGGAACCAACCCCUAUAGCUCAUCUUAAUUCGAUCCCUGCAGAGUGGCCUGCAGAACACUGGGUUGACGUAAGCAGCGCUAUUAUUGCUGAUACAACCAACUUUACUAUUAAACGGCUCCGCUAUCGGCGUUUAGUCAAGCCCAAAAUAUUGCUUGACCGCAACACGGCCAGUUACCUGUCGCCAUAUGGUUCUUCUUUGAUAACACCAGCGCUCUCGCCUUACGAACAGCCUAUUAAGGAUAAAAUAGAAGAAGAGGAGCUGUUUACCUUCGAUGAAGCGCUCAUUGACGCCGUAGAGAGAGUCAUCGCCCACAGUAGUGAUGUGAGUAAGGGAGGUUCGGCUACAUCUUCACGAUCAGCGAGCAGACGGAGAGAGAGAAGGGAUAGUGAAGUUUCUCGAACGACAGAGCAAGAGGUCCCGACGUAUCAACUUGACUUCCAGGAAGUACCACGCGCGGAAUGUAAAAUGGUUGUCUUAUCUGCGUUGUCCGGAGUUGUACAGGACGUGGUAGACCAACGGGAGAGAGAAAGCCAAAAAACGAACCCAACUAUUCCUUACCAAAUAACCCGCGAAAGGGAGAGCAUAUUACGAGCCGCGGUUAGGACAUGGCUCGAGAAUGUGGAACUCACUGAUGGAUAACUUUCCAAAUUCUGAAUCUACAACUUCUCCAAAAGGACAUUUUCGUUUCUGGUGUCUAGAGAAGGGAAAUUUUCAUUUAAUGAUAAUGACUAACGACUUGAUUUUUAUCGCGUUUUGCGCUUGAGUUGCCUCGAGGGCACAGAACAGAGCGUGGCGUCACGACGGGGGAAUAUACGAGCAUGUACCACUACCAACACCGGUCUCAUUUCCAGGGGAGGGAAGAUUGGAAAGACGCAUUUUUCGUCAAAAGAUACCCCAAUAAGUAUGCAUGCAUAAUUACACAUUUUAUUUCCAUUAUUGCAUUUCCCCCCCUUCGAGUUCCAGCAUUUCACGUUCGGUUCAGAGGGUGUGUCAACGCCAGGGGGGAAGUCUAACGGAAUGGUUUGAUGGAUGAAAAUUCCAUGCACGUUUCAGCAUUUCAGUGCGAGUGUGUGUCUUUUUAGCAAAGGUGUGAUUUUUAUAACUCGACACUUCAGUGUUUGGUGCUGGGAUGCGAAAUGAUACGAUACCAUGCAAUGAUGGUAGCAUUGUUGUUUAUAAAUGCUAUGUGAUAUAAUGUAUAUCCUACGCUAUGAUGGUUUCCUUCAACCAUCAUAUCUUAGGCAGUGUUAUUUGUGAUAAAUUACCACGAGGUAAUUAGUAAUCUUGAGAGCUGAGAGGUUUGCAAUAGCUAGCAGGGCUUACGAAUUCCGUGACAGAUUUUAUGAACCCCAA